AUGAGGUGUUUUCUGAGCAUCUGUACACUGCUGGCGACAGCGGCGUCCGCGCCCACCCCCCAAGGCGACUCGUACGGGGCUCCGUCGCCGCUGGACGCCGUUGAUGCAGCGGGUCCGGGUCCGCUCGGCCCUCUGGGCGGUCGAGGUCGACUCGGCCUGGGCCGGCCUAGCUACGGUGGCCGUCUGGGUGGUCUUCUUGGAAGCCCUCUGGGAGGUCCGCUGGGAGGACAGCGAGGCGCUUUCAUCGGAAACCUGGGCAACCCGCCCCAGCUUCGGCCGGACGGUCUGCUGGACGGGCCGGGCGUGCCCUAUAGCUUCAGCUGGACCGUGGACGAGCCCGACUACGGCAACAACUACGGCCACAGUGAGGAGAGCGACGGCAUCGUGACGCAGGGCGAGUACCGCGUGCUGCUGCCCGACAGCCGUACCCAGAUCGUCACGUACGUGGUGGAGGGUGACAGCGGCUACCAGGCGCAGGUCACCCUGACGUACCCGUCUGUGGACACCGUCCAUCUGGGCUCCCCGCUGCCGGAGGUGGCUGGCGAUGCCCCUGUCACACCUAGCUCCAGCUACGGCUACUAG